GUUUCUUGAAAUAUAAUAAUGGCUUUUACAAAUAUCUAUUUUCUGGCUUUCAUGCUUCUGAUCAUAUCCAUGUUAAUCCCAUGUAGUUCUGGUUAUGUUAGUGGCAAUGACUAUGGCACCAAAAAACAAGUUGUGACCAAGAAACCAAAUUUCACAGAAAAACUUUUCUCCAACAAUAUUGGCAUUCAAGGUCUUGUUUAUUGCAAAUCUGACUCUAAACUCAUUCCACUGGAAGGAGCCGUUGUAAGGAUAACAUGUGAAGCUGUUGAUGAAUAUGGAUUUGAAACAACACCGUUCACUUUCUUAAGUGAUGCAACCGAUGUAAAAGGCUUUUUCCUUGCAACAUUGUUUCAACUAGAGCUCGUUGCAGAAAAACGGGUACUGAAAGAGUGCAGAGCUUUCCUUGACGCAUCUCCUUCGAACAACUGCAAUUAUCCCACUGACGUUAACAAAGGGAUUAGUGGUGCCGAGCUUCAUUCUUAUCCUUUCCUUCUUGUAGUGAUCUCAUAUCCAUGUGCGCGUAGUAUUUCCAUUUGAAAGCGAUCGAGUACCUCUCGCUAAAAUCAA